AUGGCCCCGACUCCGUGCGUCUUGUGGAUUUAUCCGUCCCUUUUCCUGCUCACUUCCUCAGUGCUUUUUCACAUCUUGUCGCCGUGCGGAGCUUUAAGGAAUUACCCGGAUAAUGAAGUUACGUUGCUGGACUCCAUGUCGGCCUUGGCGGACCUGGGCUGGGAGGCUUAUCCUAAUGAGGGGUGGGAGGAGAUCAGCGUGAUGGAUGAGCGGAACACCCCGAUGAGGACGUACCAGGUGUGUAAUGUCAUGCAGGCCAAUCAAAACAACUGGCUGCGGACACGACACAUCAGCCGGGAGGGAGCGCAGCGCGUUUACAUCGAGAUCAAAUUCACCCUACGGGACUGUAACAGCCUGCCCGGGGUUCCCGGUACCUGCAAAGAGACAUUCAACAUGUACUACUAUGAGUCUAACAACGCCAACCUGUGGUUCAUCAAGGAGAGCCAGUAUGUCAAAAUCGAUACUAUUGCUGCAGAUGAAAGUUUUACACAGGUGGAUGUCGGUGACCGUGUGAUGAAGCUAAAUACCGAAGUGCGUGACAUCAGCAACCUGAGUAAAAAAGGCUUCUACCUGGCCUUCCAGGAUUUGGGCGCUUGCAUCGCACUGGUUUCGGUCAGGGUCUUCUACAAGAAGUGUCCUGUCACCGUGCUGAAUUUGGCCCAGUUCCCUGACACCAUAACAGGAGGAGACACAGCCCUGGUGGAGGUACACGGAGCGUGCGUGAAUGCCUCCGAGGAGUUUGAGGUUCCCAAGAUGUACUGCAGCGCCGACGGAGGCUGGCUGGUUCCUAUCGGGAGAUGUGUGUGCAAACCGGGCUUCCAGGAGAACAAGGACAUCUGCCAACCAUGCCGACCUGGAACCUACAAGGCCUCGGCCACAGACGCCUACUGCAACAAAUGUCCUCCACACAGCUCGUCUCCGCAGGAGCAAGCCACAGAGUGCGUUUGUGAGAAAGGCUUUUACCGGGCUGACAGCGAUCCACGCUCCAUGGCGUGCACACGUCCCCCUUCUGGUCCCGAAAACCCCAUCUCCACAGUGAACGAGACCUGUGUCACUCUGGAAUGGUCGCCCCCCAGAGACACGGGUGGAAGGGGCGAUAUCACUUACAGCCUUCACUGCAGAAAGUGCUCCGGUGAAGGCAAACAGUGUGUGCCCUGUGGAAGCAGCAUCCACUUUGUGCCCCGACAGUUCGGUCUCUCGUCGGCCACUGUUGUGGUCACAGACCUGCAGCCGGAUUCCAACUACAGUUUCAUGAUCGAGAGCCAGAAUGGAGUAUCAGACUUGAGUCCAACCCCGAAAGGAAGAGCAGUGAUUAAUAUCACUACAUCACAGACGGUGAGCGUUGUGUUAAAGGAGAGGCGCAGCAAGGACAGCGUGACCUUGGCCUGGCAAGGCCCAGAGAGACCCAAAGGUGCUAUAGUCGAGUAUGAGGUCAUCUACUAUGAGAAGAACCAGCGGGAGCAGAACUACACUGUUUUGAAAACUCGUUCCAACAUGAUGACAGUGGACGGGCUGAAACCAGGCACCACCUAUGUGUUCAGGGUCAGGGCUCGAACUGACGGGGGAUACGGCAGCUACGGUGGAGAGAUUGAACUGGAAACCAGCCAUGAAGACGUCUUUGCUAUAGGAGACCCCAACCAGACCACCAUCCUGGCUAUAUCCAUUGCGGGUGGAGUCGUGCUCCUCAUCUUCCUGGUGACAUGCUUCGUUGUGAGUGGAAGGCACUGUGGCUAUAUCAAAGCUAAGCAGGAUCCCGAUGAAGAGAAAAUGCAAUUCCAGCAUGGCCGAGUCAAGCUUCCUGGCAGUAGGACUUACAUCCAUCCUCACACCUACGAAGACCCCAACCAGGCUGUCAGAGACUUUGCCAAAGAGAUCGAUGCUACCAAUAUUCGCAUUGAGAGAGUUAUUGGAGCGGGAGAGUUUGGCGAAGUGUGCAGCGGGCGACUGCGCGUGCAAGGAAAGCGAGAGAUCUAUGUGGCCAUCAAGAGUCUGAAGGCAGGCUACUCAGACAAGCAGAGGCGGGACUUCCUUUCCGAAGCUUCCAUCAUGGGGCAGUUUGACCACCCCAACAUCAUCAGGCUGGAGGGAGUCGUCACCAAAUGCAAGCCGGUGAUGAUCAUAACAGAGUUCAUGGAGAACGGAUCACUGGACACCUUCCUCAAGAAACACGACGGCCAGUUCACGGUAAUCCAGCUGGUGGGCAUGCUGCGUGGCAUCGCCUCAGGCAUGAAGUACCUGUCAGACAUGAGCUACGUUCACCGAGAUCUCGCUGCACGGAACAUCCUGGUCAACAGCAACCUUGUGUGUAAGGUGUCGGACUUUGGUCUGAGUCGCGUUCUGGAGGACGACCCGGAGGCUGCGUACACAACAAGGGGAGGGAAGAUUCCCAUCAGGUGGACGGCACCUGAGGCCAUCGCCUACAGAAAGUUCACUUCAGCCAGCGAUGUGUGGAGUUAUGGUAUCGUCAUGUGGGAGGUCAUUUCAUACGGCGAAAGACCCUACUGGGAAAUGUCCAACCAGGAUGUCAUAAAAGCAAUAGACGAGGGCUACCGUCUUCCCGCACCGAUGGACUGUCCCGUGGUGCUGCACCAGCUCAUGUUGGACUGCUGGGAGAAAGGACGCAGCGAGCGACCAAAGUUUGGACAAAUUGUCACAAUCCUGGACAAGCUCAUCAGGAACCCUGCCAGCCUCAGAGAGCUGGCCAACAGCCCGGCAGGAGAGGAGCCCACCACUCCAGAAUUCAGUGUGAGCACUGUGGAUGAGUGGUUGGAGGCCAUCAAAAUGGGUCAAUAUAAGGAGAACUUUUCCAGCGCUGGAUACGUCAGUUUAGAUUCAAUUCUCUACAUCAGUGUCAGUGAAUUGUCUAAAAUGGGUGUGACUCUAGCCGGUCACCAGAAGAAGAUUUUAUCCAGUGUGCAGAGCCUGCAGACCCAGGGGACACAUGUCCAAGUAUAA